CUCCAACUAAAAACGUGGUUACACUCCUCAGCCCCCGUGAUCCGCGUCGCGAUUUUUAUCCUUCUUUCUAUUCCAAGUUCAGAUAUGAGAUAUAAUGUCAUAGAUGGUUAAAUAAGAAAUUUCAAUUAUACUGCAGCACGUGUCAAUUCAUACACCAUUAAAGUGAGCAUGUCGUGGUUCAGUAACACGCUACGUAUGGUUACUAGUGUGUGGACACCACAAGUAACUUCGGUAAGAUUUCGCUAUCAUGCCAAUGUGAGAGUAAAGGGCCCGUUAAUGCGACGUUUUGGAUACAAGGAUCCUAUCGAUAUGAAAGGACUUUUGCCUCGUGAAAGUGAUAGGAGGGUCAAUCCUUUGCCACUAUACAGACCAAAAGAUAGUUGGAAUCAAAAGAGAGCACUGUUUGGCCAGAAUGAUUACAUUGACAUUUUAGGCUCGGAUAAUCUUCAUCCGACUAGAAUUUUGUAUAAUGUACCCUCCUGGCUAAGAGGUGUUAAAGGCAACGAAUAUCAAGUAUUACUGAGAAAGCGUAAAAUAUGGCAGCACGGUAUAUUUCCAAUAGCCAGACCAACGAAAUGGCGCGACUUAAACAAGAGAAUAAAAUAUCUAUACAGGUUCUUAAACUAUAAAACUAAAACAUAUGGCAGCACCCAGUAAUGUAUAUUUCCAUAAUAAAAUGUAAUUGUAUCUUGCAUUAACC